AUGCGACCAGAUGCCACUGUCAAAUAUGUUGUGAAUCGCUUUGUGUUUAUAUAUAUUUUUUAAUCAAAUUAUGAUGAUAAAAAAUCACAGAAUCUCUGAAUCAAUUUGCCUCUGCGCCCUUUUCUAACUAAAUUAUUAUUAUGAAGGACAAAAUGUAUAGAUUAAUGUUACUUAGACGUAGAUAUUGUAAACGAGGGAUUUGUGCGAUCCUUGUGAUUGUAGCGUCUUUUUAUGUUUACAUUUUAUUAUUUGGUAACUUAAAUUCACCUCAAAUAAAUCAUCUCACUGAUUUAUACCGCUGUCCUGCUUGCUACGGUGUAUCAAUAUGUCCUGAAUUGUACUCGAACCAGAUAAGUCUUCAAACUGACGGUCACUGGUCACUUGUAUUUAAUGCUAAAAAUAUUUAUUACGGAUCCACAAAAUCGAAUAGGAAAGUUAUUUUGAAAAAGCUAGCUCAUGAUUGGGAAUUAAAAGAGUUUGAUUCUAAUUUAUGCAAGAAAUGGAACAUGGAAGAAAAUUGUAAACCAAUGCAGCUUGUAAAUGCAACAAAUAUUGAUGAUAAAAUCAUUAAUAUUGUAGAGUACAAUUUUACUUGGCCUGAUGCUGAACCACGUAAAGGGCUUGUACUUUGUCCAUAUGCAUAUAGCAUACUUGAUCUCAUAAAACCUCUCAUAGAUAAUAGAAAAUUAAACAAUAAGUCCGAAAUGUUGAAUAUUUGGACAAUGCUCAGUAUUAAUCCAGAACCAAUUAUUUUACAGAUACUCCCGAAGGCUCACAGCUGGCCUGUAUCCGCUUAUGCUGGUGUGUGCGGAAGACUAGAGGUGGUUGCAUAUGAAGGAGAGCCCAUUUCAUCAUUAACACAUAUUGAGUGGCGCAGGAAACUGAAGAUUGCUAAAAAGAUUCUCGAUGCAGCAAUGGAUUUUACAUUCAAACAUGAUAGGUUCCGCUUUUAUCUAAUGGAUUGGUCACUAGAUAAUAUAGUUGCCAAUGAAAAGGAUGAAAUUUCUUUUGUUGAUUUAGAAGAUGUUAUAAUACUUGAUAAGCAUAUAUCACCGAAAAAAGAUUUACCAGAUUGGUACCAACGUUAUAACAGAGAACUUAUUGGACCUGGAUUCACAUUUUCAAUUGAGAACAUGUGCAAACAUCACUUGAGUGACCAUAAUCUAUGGGCAGCAUGUUACAUUAUCGGAGGAGAGGAUAAUCCGUUGCUCUAUCCUAUACCAAAAAGUAUUAAUACCUCACGACCUUAUUUAGACAAGCUGUUAAUUGAAUGUUUAAAUAGUGAUGAUAGAUUUAAAACUCUAGCUAAGAUUCAACAUUAUAUUAGUGAUAUGUUGAUGGAUGAUAAAUUAUUUGGAUCUGCUACAGUUAGGUGAUAAUUUAUUUUUAAUUAAAUGACAAAAUAUUUGCACUGCUCAGCUAGAUAUAACUGUCCCAAAAGAUUGUUAAUGGAAAUGAGACAGAGGUGUUUAUAUAGAUUUAUCUAUUAUCUUAAAAUAUAACUCUUCUGAAUGUGUACGGGAAUGAAAUCAGUACAAUAAUUUGGUAAGGAGCACGUUUACACUUAUUACAUCGUUAAUUAUAAUUUGUAAGUAUAGGCA